AGGGGUGGCGGCUGAGGAGGUGUACCCUAGAGCAGGUGCCAAAAGCGUCUUGCCGUGAUGGCGGACAGAACCGCUCCGGGCUCCUUAGCGUUACACGUCCCUCUUCGUCCCCCUCCUCACGUCAGCCUGUAUCACGAUAGUCGCGCCAGCACCCGAGCGCUGAGGGGUGGCAGCUCGGCGGCGCUGGGCCGCUCUCUGAGGGGAACCCACGGCUGGGAAUGGCCGCCGCGCGCGGGGCGCGGGGGGCCCGCUGGGUCAUGGCCCCUCAGGCAGCGCGGGGCUGCUCCACAGGGAGCGCCGCAGUCCGCCUGCUCUCGUUGUCGUUAAAGAGCGAGGAAAGAAAACCGUCGCUGUUUUGCUGUCGGUGAUAAAAUGGAAGGCAAACCAACCAAAGAGGUUAUGAGUAUCAUCUGUGGUUUAAAGCUUCUCAGAAGGAACUGUCUUUUCUUUCGCUUGGCUUUGGCCCAAACAAAAGACUGCAACAGAACCUGUCUUGGUCCAGGACAGAGAUGUGUUUCAAACGUCCCUAAUACAGAAGUAUGGAAGAAUGCAAACCACAGUUCCAGAAGGUUUUGCUUCCAUUCUCCUCGGUUGCUGGGGGAGAAGAUCACAUCCCUCCAAAUCAGUUCUGUAGGGCCGCUCCCAAAUCAUUUUUCUGCUGGGAACACUCGGAUCAUCAGGUCUAUUCGCACAUCGCCAUCGCUUCAGGCCGCACCAUUUCCUCUUUUCUGGAUUAUUGUUAAACCAGUUCAGAAGCUAUUUGCUAUCGUUGUUGGCAGGAGCAUAAGAAAAUGGUGGAAGGCACUUCCUCCUAGUAAACGGGAGCUCUUUAAAGAGAGUGUGAGGAAAAAUAAAUGGAAGAUACUCCUGGGUGUCAGUAGCUUAGGAGUUUUAUUUGUCGUGUUUUAUUUUACUCACUUGGAAGAGACACCCAUCACUGGACGUGCCAGACUGCUGGUGUUCGGAAAGGAGCAUUUGAAACAACUGUCACAGAUGGAAUAUUCUAUGUGGAUGGAGAAGUACGAAAGCAAAAUGUUGCCUGAGACAGAUGCACGCUAUCAGGUUGUGAAGAGAGUUGUUGGACAUUUAUCUGAGAGCAAUAAGGACAUCCCCCAGGUCUCAGCACUCACCUGGACUAUCCAUGUGGUAGAUGAACCAGAAGUAAAUGCUUUUGUGCUUCCAAAUGGUGAAGUGUUUGUUUUCACUGGAUUGCUAAAUGCAGUUUCUGAUAUUCAUCAGCUGUCUUUCAUUUUGGGACAUGAAAUAGCUCAUGCUGUGCUGGAACACGCAAUUGAGAAAGCCAGUCUGGUUCACCUCUUGGAUUUCCUAUCCCUCAUCUUUCUCACGAUGAUUUGGGCCAUCUGUCCUCACGAUAUAUUGGCGGUUGUUGGCCAGCGGAUCCAGAGCAAGUUGCAGGAGUUCAUGUUUGAUAGACCGUACAGCAGAACGUUGGAGGCUGAAGCUGAUAAGGUGGGACUUCAGUUUGCAGCAAAGGCUUGUGUUGAUGUAAGAGCAAGCAGUGUAUUUUGGCAAAUAAUGGAAUUAGCAGAAACCAUUAAAGGAGAGCCCAAGUUGCCAGAAUGGCUCUCCACGCACCCUUCUCACGAGAAUAGAGCUGAGCACUUGGACCGGCUUAUUCCAGAGGCUCUUAAAAUAAGAGAGCGCUGCAAUUGCCCAUCUCUUUCUGGACCUGACCCUCGCCUCGUUUUCAAACUUAACAGGCAGCACCUCCUGGAGUCACGUCAAGCUCAAGAAACACAAAAUUCUACAAAUCAAGAUCUCUCAAAAACAAAACUGGAUUUUCCUCACACUUAAAAAAAACAGAAGACAUGCCAGUAACUUUUGCAGUUAAACCUACAAACUGAUUAUGAUCAUUUUUCCAUUUUAUGAAGCGUGCGGUCCCUGAAGGUCUAUCUUUUAGGGCGCAUUUGUCUUUGAACCGUAAAGAUGAUCUAGCUGCUCAUAUUCUAUGUUUCUUUUAUGUGAUCUCUCACUCAAAGCAAUAAAGGAGCCAUGCCCACACAAGAA